CGCAGAGGCUCUUUAUCAGGGCGAGCUGUGGCGUUCCUCCACAGAUGCGUGUGGAGCGAUGACCAACAGGCUGGAUGGCUCAACUGCAGAAAACGCAUGCUGACACAUGGGACUCUUCCUGUUGCUCCAUGCCACCUGUGGCAGAUGUUGCUGCAGCGUCGUCAGUCCUCUGACUAAAUGACAAAAACUACACACGCCAAAAUGGACGCCGCAGUUCUUGAAAGACCAGAACCCACCGUGGGGCCCGUCACUAUGGCCAAUGAGCGGCGUCAAGCCUGGGCCAGAAGCAGGGACUCCAUUGGGCAAGGGUCGAAAGCAGACUGCCGUGACUCCCAGCGGCCCCAGGAGGUCCAAAGUAAUGGAGAUGCACCGAGCCAAGACACAGGACAAAUUCCUAGCAAGAUUGAUACCUGGCUGAUUGAUUGCAGAACUCCUCUUGAAGCCUCUCUAGAUGAUCAAAAUAGUUCUCCCACCAAAGGAGUGAAGAGUGGCUGCAGCUUUGAAGAUGACCUUUCAUUGGGAGAUGAAGCGUUGUCCCUCAGGACUAAAGUGGGUCCAAAAGCCAAUCAUCUUCAGCCCAAAAGCAAUCAAACCGAAGAUUGUUUUGAUAUUUUGGCGGAUCAGAAGAGGACUCAAUAUAAAGAGAAGGGGAGAAGCAUGAACUCCACAGGAUCAGGGAAAAGCAGCACUGUAUCCAGUGUUUCAGAGUUGCUGGACAUGUAUGAGGAGGACCCUGAGGAGAUCCUUUAUAAUCUGGGCUUUGGUGAAGAUGAACCUGACCUUUCCUCAAAAAUUCCCCCACGCUUCUUCAGCAGCUUGUCUUCAGCAAGGGGCAUCGACAUAAAGAUCUUCCUGGGAGCUCAGCUGCAGCGCAUGGAACUGGAAAACCCCAACUACGCUCUAACCAGUCGUUUCCGUCAGAUCGAGGUCUUUACGAAGGUAGCCAAUGGGUUUUUAGAGGUCUACAGCCACGUUUCGGGACAACCUGUCAACAGGUUCGUCUGCAAGGAUCAAGGGGGAAACGGAGGACAAGGGGAGCAAGAAGGAAAUGGGGAAGAGCAGUCUUCUCAGAAGAAGAAUACUCCGGCUAAGGCCAUGGCCAAACUCCUAAGAAAAAUCAGCAGAAACAACAUGCUUGGAUCGAUCUCAGACUCCCCCGAAGGGGUCUCGCCGAACCAGAACGCGCCACUGAACGGGCAGACUGCUUCCCCCGAGCUUGCACAUGUCAACGGUCACCCUCGUAGCGCUACAGAACACGAUCGGUCCAGCACCAACUCUGGCCACCAGGUGGAGAUGGUUAGCCAGAAACACAGCCGCAGGAAAGAUAACUUUCCACUAGCUACGGUUACAGAGGAAGCCAGCGGACCCGGAGAAAGUGAUCGGCUGACGGAGAAAAGUCCUGAACAGAGCAGCACUGCACCAGAGCACCAGCCAGAUUCAGCUGACCUUCACUCAGCCCAUCAGAAAACGGAGAGGGAAGGUGAUCAGGUGGCCAAACAGGAAACCAAUCUCACCUCCACCCCUGAGAAAGCGCUCUUCAAGCCCGCCCCACCCCACCUCAUCCAGCUUCGUACGGAGAACGCAGACUCCUUCGACAUGGAGGAGAUCCAUACCAAUGACGAUGAGGCUCCGUCAUCCAGAACGUCUAGAACCACCGACUUGUCGAGGACCGUCAGUCAACAGUCUGACAGCAGUGGUUUUGCUGAGGAGCCUUCUGGUGACUCCAGCAGCUACCUUAAGGUCCAGGAGAGUUGUGACAGCUGCGACAGUGAGACCACCGUGACAUCACAUCCGUCCCAAGACGUGGCCACGCCCCAACCGCUCGACCAACAGGCGUUUGAUCUACCAGACGGCAAAGAGGACGAAGCUGGGCCCGCUGCUCCUGCCAAGACCGAACUAAGCGGUUCCUCCACGGAAGAGGAGGUGCACAAAGAGGGUUUGGAUUUGGAGCAGGUUCCACACUACACAGUCCACCAACUUCCCACAAGCAGAUUAGCAGGUGAAGGGGAGCAACUGGAUGGUAGGGACAGAACUGAUGCAGACACUGAACCCCAACCAGAUCAAGCCCAGAGUAUGCCUGCCUGUGAGCGAGAGCACCAACAUGGGACAGAAAGCUCUCAGAAUCCUCCGGUUUCUGGACAAGAACCGCAGCGCACCGAGGGAGCUGAGGAAAAGGCUCUUGAGUCUGGUUCUGUUCCCCCAGUUCCCUUGUCUCCGGUUCUUAGUGCACUGAAUCGAGCCAAGAAAAACCAGCUGAGAGAAAUGGGCAAGCACAGCAGCGUCCAGAGCGACAACCCGCCCCAAACUACCGGAGGAAGACCAGGUAGAGGAGGCGCAGUCCGCAUGCAGAGGUCCUGCUCCCUACCUUGCUCCCUCCUCUCACCCUCUAAAGUUGUGUCUUCGGUCAGGAUCCAGUUCGGUCAAGGCCAAGCGUUCUGUACCCCACCCAGGUACUCCUUUAAAUACACCCAGAGGGAUGGAGAGCAAAUGGAAGAUGCAGUGAUGGAGGAGAAAGACGAGGGAGAACAAAGCAACUGUCUGUCCACUCUCAUCAUAAACCCUGGCUCUAAAGAAAAAGCACCUGCUUCCAUUCCUCCUAAACUCAUCCCUCGCCAUCCGAUGCAAUCCUCCAUGUCCUUGCAUACCUCCAGCCCUCCCCCUGAUUUCUCCCUGGGCCCUGGCACCUCCUGGAGCACCCAGAGUGUUCCUGAUCUAUCAUCCAGUCACCAGCAGCCCAGCCAGUUCCCACUCAGCACCCACCAAAACCAGCAGAACUGGAGUCCAGGGCACACGAUGUUCCCAAAACACAGCGACGUAGCGCCGGGCUUCCAAACCAGCCCUUUCCCCAGUCCUGGUUCUUACCCCUAUGCUCCAUACCACUACAUCAGUCCUCCUUACGUUUCUAACCAGCACGAGCCUUCAAACCGUCAUUAUUCUAGUCUAACCAGUCUGCACCAACCUGCAACUCCCCCAGCCCCACCGUACGGCAGCCUUAUCAACUUGCACCAGCCCCAUCCCUCCUCUGCUCCUCACAUCCUCGGUUUGGGUCCAUUGGCUCCUGGAACCCCUCCACUGCACCUACAGGGAUACAACGCCUCAUUCAGCCAUCCGUUACCGUUCCCUGCUCCUCUUCCCGGGCACCAGUUUGGUUCCCCUUACUACGGUACGCAAGGGUACAACGUAAGCCCCCAUCUUCACCCUGGGCUCCCUCCUAUUGCAGCGACGGGUUCGGGACCAGGGCGCUGCCCGUCCAGCACCGAGAUGCAGCUGAGGAAGGUUCUGCAUGAGAUCAGGGGAACGGUUCAGAGUCUCGGCCAGAGCCGGAUCAGUUCUCCUGAUUUGUUUGGUGAGCUCAGAGCCAGCCAGCAGUCUCUGGCAGAGUUUCAGCAGAAGAGGCGCAGUCUGAACAUGUUCCGCAGCCAGAUGAUGGACCUGGAGCUGUCAAUCAUGCGUCAGCAGGCCGCCGUCUACAAGCACCUGAGUCCCGCCGACAGGAUGGAGGCGGAGGAGCUUCAGUGUCUGAGGUCGGCGGUCAGAGAGGAGCUCCAGGAGCUGGAGCAACAGCUGGAGGACAGACUGCUGGAUCUGUCCCCGCACUCGCGUCUCAGAAGUCUUCACAGGGACAACAGCGUCGAGAGCCUGUCCACCACAUCUGCACUGAGAGCCAUGGAGCCGGUAUCAGACCUCCUCAGAGAGCAGUUCUUCCUCCAGUCAGAGCUGGGCUACGAAGGCCGCGGCCCCUCCAGCGUCCCCUCCACCCGCUCGCCCAGUCCCGUCCGUAGAAGGGAAGGAGAGGAUGGCAGGCAGAAGCAAGGAGUGUACCGGGCGUCCAUCAACAUAACCCCCGCCCCUCCCGGUCGACCUAACGCGCACACAGAGAGGGUGGCUGCGGUGGAGGAGGAGGAGGGUCAGAGAGACGGCGACGGCGUAGAGGAUAAAGGAGGAGAGCGAGAUACGGCACCAGGGAGGGAAGGAGAAUUAGGGAAACUCGGAGCUGCGAACUUUCAGCAGCUCAUUAGAGAGAUCCGAGAGAGCGUGGCCCAGGAGGUCCGACGGGAGAUCUACAACGAGCUGCUGGCCGCCGCGUCUCCACAGGGCUCCUCGGUCUCUGGCCAGCAACACCCCGCGUAGGCCGGCACAACUAUGCAUCCAGCCUUUACUUAACCACAGCCCGAACAAAAAACCACUGCCUGUCUUCAACACUGUACACACCCAAGUAACACUGUGCGACACUAUGUGCCCGUGACACUGUAUGUUUGUAACACUGAUGGCCCCGUCUGUGACAAACCCCGCCCACGCCUCCUGUGGCACCGCCUCCAGCGUCCCCGAGCCGCUGAUGAGAGGCUUCCAAGUUUUGGGAUUAGCAGUGAAAAUGUGCCAAUUUCACACUAUCUUUUUUUAAAAAAAAAUUUUAUUCUAAAUAUAAAAAGCUGUGGUCAACAUCCCUGACAAUUCAGCUACCACUACUGCCGCCGGUACUAUGAAUACUGCAUCUAGAGUUACCACUACCAACAGCAUCUAGUGCAGUAGUAGGUGCACAAUACUUCCUGUCGUCUUGUGGCUGCGUUCAUGUGAAAGAUGGACGCGUUUGUGCCUCCAGUAAAACCGUUUGAAUAUCAAUUUGCCUUAAUUUAACUUUGACGUGUUUUUGUACAGCUGGAGUAGAGGCAGGAAUGAUUCAGAUGUGAUGAAACCUGUAGGCAGAGACAAGCUAGGAUUUUAUUCAGUCUUUAACAUCUCUUAGCGUCCUCUUAGACUGUCUUAACGGGCAUUUUUGUGAAAUUUCGCUUCGCUCUGUCUUUUAAUAAGAGCUUUUUUUUUUCAAACUCACUGUGAGAAAUUUUUUUUAUUUGUCUUUUUUUUUUUUUUUUUCCCCCAGUCAUUCCAUGCACAUUUCACCUUAGGAAAAAGGCAGUUCUGAACAGUUUUCUCGAGAAAUCUGCAGAAUAACGAUGCAUAAUCAUCCUCAUCGCUGUCAUCGUCACGCUUCUGCUUCUCCACCUUUCAGUCACCUUUUGCGACAGAAGGUUGCUUCAGCAGUUUGAAGCCAGUUUAGAGGAAAUGGGUUAAACCUUUUCAUCUAAUUCUAAUGAAUUAGAUGAAAGCAAUGGAUAUCUAAAAUUUCUGAUUCUAAACGCACCAUUUUUAUUUCGCCACCUUCACAGACAGACUGCAUCGUUUAAACUGCAUCGAGCUUCCUGAAAGGUGCUUUGUCAGAACAGUCUGAAGCUCCUCGUCUUCAGCUGGUUGAAUGCUUUUGACGAAUUGUUGUUUUGUGCGUGCCCAGUCAGGUUUAGAAAGUGAUCAUAGGUGUUGCCGUUAAGGGGCUGAGAGGUUACUGGUAAGUCGGAAGUGAUGGGGAUGACUAUGUGUCGACUGCUCGGAUGGAAAAGCUUAGUGAGUUUUUUUGCUGCGUCAGCAUGUUGGUUUCACUCGGAUGAUAAAUGUGUGCAAUAAUGUGAACACAUUGAAUAUAUUUUUUGAGUUUUUUUGUUGUUGUUUUUUUUAGAUUCUUGUGGAUCAUAGCAAACAUUUCAGAGAUGCUACACCUCUAAUACAGAAACAACCACAGAAUCAGCAGAACCUUUGAUCACAUUGUUGGAUACUUUUUUUUUUUUUUUUUUUUUCCUAAAGCUUUAAAGUGGGAUUGCAGUUUGUUUGGUCGUCCACAGGUUCUUGAACAGUCGGUAAAUUGAGACACUGGCUGUACACGUGUGAUUGGCUGAGAGACCUGUCAGUAUGAGGCCUCUAACUUUUAAUUUGAACAAUAACUGUGCAAGUCUGUGCACAAGAUCCUAUUAUGCAUAAAUUUGUUUGCUGAGAGCUGAUCUGUUUUGGCGGGAUUCGUUUAAUCUGAAGCUCAAACUAUUGACUUACCAUUACGAAAAUCAGUUCUCAGGCUCAGGUCUUCUCGUCACGACACCUUGAUACAUUCUUCCAGGCCUGUCGACGUUUUUAGUUAAGCAACUUUUGAGCCUGCAGUCAUGUUCACAAACACACAACUUCUGGACGAACACUGUUUAUUAGUCUUAGAUCAAGAAUCCACUCUUAAUUACACCUUACUGUCUGAAUGUCGGUGGCUAUGAAUUUCUGUCCGUGUCUAAUAAUAAUAAUAAUGGUUGUGUAUUUUGUAUUGAUGUCCUAAGUCUGAUAUAGGGAGGGGGUCACUGUAGAGAUGAUGAUAAUAAUAAAGAUGUAUUUAUUUUCAGUACAAAA